AUUCCACCGAAUUUCUUCCUUUAAAACCGAAGCCCGGACGCGACCGAGUCUUUUUUCGAAGAGACCACCGCAUCUUUUAGAACUCCUUUCAUACUCUCGAUUCUUCACAAUGGCCGAUUCACUUACCGAAGAGCAGGUCUCCGAGUUCAAGGAGGCUUUCUCUCUGUUUGACAAGGAUGGCGAUGGCCAGAUUACCACCAAGGAGCUCGGCACUGUCAUGCGCUCUCUGGGACAGAACCCUUCCGAGUCUGAGCUUCAGGAUAUGAUCAACGAAGUCGAUGCUGACAACAACGGAACCAUUGACUUCCCUGAAUUCCUGACCAUGAUGGCCCGCAAGAUGAAGGACACCGAUUCGGAAGAGGAAAUCCGUGAGGCUUUCAAGGUCUUUGACCGCGACAACAACGGUUUCAUUUCUGCCGCUGAGCUGCGCCACGUCAUGACCUCUAUUGGAGAGAAGCUCACCGAUGAUGAGGUUGAUGAGAUGAUCCGUGAGGCUGACCAGGACGGUGACGGCCGUAUCGACUACAACGAGUUUGUUCAGCUCAUGAUGCAGAAAUAAGCAAAGCAAUAUUGGUUCGGAUUACGGCGUAAUAGACGCAACGCAACGGUACGCGAUUUGCAUCAUGGAAUAUGUGCCCUUCGCUGGCACGCUAUAGAGAGUGUGUUCUAGCUUCGUACGAUUUAAAAUGAAUGAAAUAUCUGCCUUGAUUGCGCU